GCCGGGGUCUGUCCAGAGUCCGCUCCGCCCCGCGGGGCCUGCCCGCAGGCCAGGGAGCGAGCUUGGGCGGGGCGGGGGCCGCGGCGCUCCCAGGCACGUGGGACCCUGCGCAGCGCCGGCACCCGGGAACUGAGGCCACAGCCCCUGGGGCGGACGAAUUCAGCGUGAAGGCGAGGGAUAGGCCGCCUGGUGGGAGAUCCGACCCACGAAGAGGUUGGCGCGCGCGGCCCAGGGAAGCUGCCGAUGAGGAGAUAAGAGGUUUGGAGGGUAUCUUCCCCAAGGUCACAAAGUCCCGGUGGAAUCUGGGACUCCUGCCUACCUUCCCCAUCCAAGACAGAAGCCCCAUCAGGGCAAGGAAAGUCCUGUGCCUUCCAAGUUGAAGGGAGUUUGAAUCCUCUCCUAGGAACCUGUUUUCUGUGGCUUUCUUGUGGCCUGGUUGCCCAGCUGCCAAUAAGGAGCCCCUGCUGUAGCUAUCUGCCCUGAAAAAUGCUGGAGGCUGGGCAAGGCCCAAGGCCAGGGAACCAGUUUUUCCUGUUUGCCCGAAGAACUCCCUGCAGCCCGUCCAGGCAUGUGCAUUCAUGAGUGAGGAACCUGAGCAGCCUCUGAGCAUCCUGAAGGGCGAUGGAAGUGAGCCUGGACCUGUGGAAUGACACCAUCAAUGGCACCUGGGACGGGGAUGAGCUGGGCUACAAGUGCCGCUUCAACGAGGACUUCAAAUACGUGCUGCUGCCUGUGUCCUACGGCGUGGUGUGCGUGCUCGGACUGUGUCUGAACGUCGUGGCGCUGUACAUCUUCCUGUGCCGCCUCAAGACCUGGAACGCCUCCACCACGUACAUGUUCCACCUGGCUGUGUCUGACGCACUAUAUGCGGCCUCCCUACCGCUGCUGGUUUAUUACUACGCCCGCGGAGAUCACUGGCCCUUCAGCACAGUGCUCUGCAAGCUGGUGCGCUUCCUCUUCUACACCAACCUCUACUGCAGCAUCCUCUUCCUCACCUGCAUCAGCAUUCACCGGUGCUUGGGGGUACUGCGCCCUCUGCGCUCCCUGCGCUGGGGCCGGGCCCGCUAUGCCCGCCGGGUGGCCGCAGCUGUGUGGGUGUUGGUGCUGGCCUGCCAGGCACCAGUGCUCUACUUUGUCACCACCAGCGCACGUGGGGGCCGCAUCACCUGCCAUGACACCUCGGCACCUGAGCUCUUUGGUCACUUUGUGGCCUACAGCUCGGUCAUGCUGGGUCUGCUUUUCGCCGUGCCCUUUGCCAUCAUCCUGGUCUGUUACGUGCUCAUGGCACGGCGCCUACUCCAGCCAGCUUAUGGGACCACAGGAGGCCUGCCGCGGGCCAAGCGCAAGUCGGUGCGCACCAUUGCCCUGGUGCUGGCUGUCUUCGCCCUCUGUUUCCUGCCUUUCCACGUCACCCGCACCCUCUACUACUCCUUCCGCUCACUUGACCUCAGUUGCCACACCCUUGAUGCCAUCAACAUGGCAUACAAGAUCACCCGGCCGCUGGCCAGUGCCAACAGUUGCCUUGACCCUGUGCUCUACUUCCUGGCUGGACAGAGGCUUGUCCGCUUUGCCCGAGAUGCCAAGCCACCCUCAGACCCCACCCCUACCACCCAGGCUCGGCGCAGGCUGGGCCUGCACAGGUCCGACAGAACUGAUACCAAGAGGACAGAUUUGUCAGCCAGCAGUGGGAACUCCAGGCAGACAGAGUCCACACUAGCUGGGAGCGAGAACACUAAAGACAUCCGGCUCUAGGAUUUGAGCCCUCAGGCCUGUGCAAGUUUAUAAGGGGGGAGCUGUAGGGGACAAGGGCUUGUUCAAAUGCGAUGGUGUCCCCAGAAAUGGACCAUCAUGAUUGUCACUUGGCAGGGGCUCAGGAUACUCUGCUUAUGGUCCAGAGUCAGCAGCCCCAUACCCGACAGCCAUCAUUUGUAUGUGUCAGUUGGGGAAUAAGGUUUUCAAAAAAGGCAUACGUUUAGGGCCAAUGCCACCUGACACCCAUGCAGAUAGCUGGUUGAUCCUGCCAAGGUAUCUAGACUGGAGUCCAGCCUGAUGAAGUCAAAUGGAGAAGGCCGGAGAGGAAGAAGAUGUACUAGGGACAAAUAGCAAUCUGGACCUGAGCUAGCUACAGUGGAGCAAAGUCACAGGUUAACCAGAGGGGCCUGGUAAGUAGUUAGGGCCAAGCUCCCAUAGCAGUCUGGGGUGGGACUGGGUGCUUAGUGAACUCAGCUUAGAGGAGUACUCCCAGCCCAAGAGAUGAACAUUUGGGAACUGAUGUGAUAAACCCAUCUGGAGGCUCCCAGCCUAUAGCCUACUCUUUGAGGCUGUAACUGAAACUAAAGAUUGUGCUACCUGUUGAGCUGUGCUUUGUUGUAUGGUCAGAGGAUGGGGACACAGCCUAGGAUGUUUUUAACACCCACUUAAAGGCCUUUAUCCAGCCUGUUCUCUUCUGCCACCUGCCAUCCCACUGACUGCUUCAGGGAAGUCUCACAUCAGGGAUUCCCUCUCCAGACCUCAGGUCCUCUCUCACUUUAAGCCAGUUGGCUUCUGUGGCAAGAGUCAGGUGGAGUCCCAGUCCUUGGAGUUCACCAGUUUAAGCAACAACCAGUCAUAUGCUGGUUAAUGUUAAACCAUUUAAGUGGAUCUCUGGCAGCAGGGAAUCCCUUAUUUCUAGCAUUGCAAUAGUGCAAAUAUUCCUACCAUGACCAAUUUCGAAUUACUGAAGCAAUGGAACCUCUUGACAAAAUUCCUGAAAAUUUGACUGUUGACUCUUGCAAGCAGGUACCAGUUGUUGCUCCAGCAUACCAUGGGAUGAUGCUGAGUGGUUGGGGCUGUAGGCCAGCAGGUCAGGGAAGGCUGGA